GGCCCAAAGGCGCAGCAGGCAGCCAUACGGUUCACACCACCAGCGGGGCAGUGUCCGCGCCCUAGGCCCGGCCUUCCAGACGCCCCCUCUUGCUGGAGACGCUCGCCCAGGAGUCGCGGCACCGGAGCGAGGCAACUGAUUGCUGCACACUCAGGGACAACCUCCCCCCUUCCCGAUUUGCAGCUGAGUGGGAGCAAGCAUCAUGAAUAAUCAAAAAAUGGUGGCCGUCCUGUUACAGGAAUGCAAGCAAGAGCUGGAUCAGAUCUCCCUGGAGGUGGAGGACCAAUCCAAGGGAGUCAAGAGCAGGCAUCCGCAGAACGGAGCUUUGCUCCCUGAUGAUCUGAAGACCCUCAUCGAAGAGGCAAAGGAAAUGAAGUGGCCCUUCGUGCCAGAAAAAUGGCAGUACAAACAAGCCAUCGACCUGGAAGACAAAACAAACCUAAAAGAUGUGAUCAACGCAAGACUGCAUGACUUACUGGUUUGUUUGAAAAGCUCCAUUUCUGUCAAAGACUAUGCAACAGCCGCUGCUAUUGUGUUCCUCAUUGACCGAUUCGUGUAUUGGGUGGAUGGCUCCAGCCAGCUCCUCCAAAUUGCCAAAAGGCUGCACAAGCUUCACCCUACAACACCAAUUGCCCCUCAGCUGGUGAUUCGCCAGGCCCGCGUCUCUGUAAAUGCAGGUAAACUGUUAAAAGCCGAAUACAUCCUUAGCAGUCUUAUUAAUGACAAUGGUGCAACAGGAGUGUGGAAAUAUGCUCAAGAAAGUGAUCAGAUCCUUGUUCAGUCAGUGUGUAUGCAAAUCAGAGGCCAAAUUCUGCAGAAGCUGGGAAUGUGGUAUGAAGCAGCAGAGCUGAUCUGGGCUUCCAUUGUAGGGUUUUUCACACUUCCACAACCAGAUAAAAAGGGAAUUGCAUCAUCAUUGGGUAUUCUAGCUGACAUCUUUGUCUCCAUGAGUGAAAAUGAUUACAAAAGUUUUAAAAUCAACUCUUACGUUGACCUGAACCUUCUUAAAGAGUUUGACCAUCGUUUGCUGUCAGCUGCUGAAGCCUGCAAGCUGGCGGCUGCCUUCAGCCAGUUCACGCCACUGUUUGUGCUCACAGCCAUGAAUAUCCGCGGAAUGUGUUUGCUGUCUUACAGCUACUCAAGUGCGUGCCCAUCAGAAAAGCGGAAGCUCUAUUUGUUAGAAGCCAAGGAAUCCUUUGAAAUUGGCCUCCUUAGCAAGAAGGAUAAAGAACUGGUCACUAGCAAACAGGAACUUCACAGUUUUGUCAAGGCAGUUUUCUGCCUUUCAAAAGUGCACCAGCAACUCUAUGGGGAAAGCAUGAUACUUAGUCAAGUAAGCCAGUUAUGCCAGGAAGCCCUGCAGAAGCUGUACACUUAUGGUUAUUCAACACAUCCUGAAGAACAAGACAAGGAAAUUCUUGCCGAGCAGAUCAUGUGCCUAGUUAUGUCUGCUAAGGAGCAAUUGCAAGUGCCAGCUUUUCCAAAUUCAGAUGCCAAGUCAUACAUUCCAGAUAGUUACAAAAAGGAAGUAGAGAAGCAGAUUAUGAACGGCCAACAACGUUUUGAAGAAAUCCUUAGAAUGUAUUCCCAGCAUCAUGCAUCGGUCUGUGAGGUUUUUGAAAGUGCUUGCAGCAGCCAUAAGAUGAGGAAAGGAGAAGGUAAAAUGGGGGCUUGUAUAACAGCCAUGAAGACUGAAACUAGAAAUGUAGACACUGUGUGCCCCACAGAAGAAAGGUCACAUCAUAGAAAAGACCCUGUGAAGAUUUCAGUUUCCCAAAAGGCAAGGAAAGGUCACGAAGGCCUGAAGGGUCCAGUGCGAAAGAAGUUAUCUCGAGUACCAGCAGUGGAUUUCUCCCUUGAUGAAGAGACAGAGGGUGAGCCUUCUGAAAUGACUCAAAGCAACAGUGGCGGUGUUUCAAGUUCGACACCGAGCAGGAGCGAACUGUCUAGUUCAUUACGAUCUUGGGACAAAAUAUCCAAAUCGAGUACUAGUUGGGAAGAGAUGGAUAACAAUGAAAGUGAAAUGCCCCAGGAGAAGGAAACAAAACUAAAAGCCUCCACAGGUAAGAGUGAUCAUCACUCUUCAGCCUUGAUGGAAGAUGCGGAAGAAAAACCGGAUGUUUGCAGCCUUGGUUUGUUGUCUUCCAAAACUCAUAAUCUCUCGCUUCAAGAUUCUCAAGGCAAUUGUGCAGGUUCUUUUAAACAUCUCCUUAAAGAAAAUCUCCUUAAAGAAAAUACAGCUUCAGUUAAUAAACAAACGGAAAACUUUGAAGGAGGGCAUUUGAAGGGAACAGAACAUGAAGAGAAUGCUUCAGAACACCCACUGACAGAAGCCAGUAGCACCAAUUACAAGAAUUGUUCUGAUGGUUCGAUUAAUUUAAUAAUUCCUUCUUCCAAUGGACUUUCUUCUUCUAAACAAAAUCUAUCUGGAAUGGCUGUUCCCCCUUCAGUAAUUGAUUCCAACAGUGGGAAAAGAAGCACAGAAGAUGAUCUUGACAGCAGCAGACAACGUAUAGAACAAAGAUCUAGAAAUCACAGGCCGUUGGUUGACCCAGAAGGAGAAACUGUAGACGCAACAGAAGACACACCAGUGAGUCUCCAUCUACCUGGUAACAGCAUGACAUCUGCUUCCAUGCACCAUGCAGUCAAACCCAAAAGUGAUAAUUAUGUACAAAAUUGGAUUAAUAAAUCUGCUACUACAGGGGCCUCAUCUGAAACACCUGAAGUUGACUACCAACCCGAUACAGUAGAUGACUGGGAAUUUGUUUCUGGUAACAGAAAACUGUCUAUAGGUAACCCUACUGACAAGAACAUAAGGGAUCAGCCAAGUCAUAGGCCAGAGACUCUAUCAGGGAGGAAGAAAUCAUUAGUCAAUCAGAUUAGUGAUUGUGCGACCACAGAAGAAGAUGAAGGAGAAAAACGACAGCACAUUUUGAGAAGCCGUCACAGCACAAGUUCUCUGAAAUCAUGGUGCAGAUCAUCCCAGUUUUCCAGCAGUUUUUCUGAUCUGGAGAAUUCCUCAUUUUUAGACUCCAGCGGGAGCUCUUUUGUCUUUAUAGAAAGGAUGAAAGAACAAGUCCUCCAAGCUCGCAACCUGAACAGCAAUGACUAUGAGAGGCUUUUGUCUGGAGCAGAACAUUCUUGGCUAGUAGAGAGGCUGAAGAAUACCAGUCUCUUUAAGCCAAAACUUCUCCAUAAAGCACAUUCUGCUCUUCUUUUGAAAUACUCUAAGAACUCUGGGUUAUGGACAGCCCAGGAAACAUCUGUAUACAUUGGAGACUACCUAAAGGUGGCAAAGAAAGGCAGGCAAAGGAAUGCUUUUUGGAUACACUUUCUGCACCAAGAAGAAACCCUGGGAAGGUACGUUGGGAAAGAAUAUAAAGAAGAGAAGGAGCUCCUUCACCAUUUCAAUGAUGUGGAACGGCAAAUGACUGCCCAAUAUUAUGUGACAGAGUUCAAUAAAAGGUUGUAUGAGCAAGACAUCCCCACACAAAUCUUCUACAUCCCAUCAGCAGUACUUUUGAUACUAGAAGGUAAAUCUAUACAAGGAUGUAUAACCACAGAACCUUAUAUCCUGGGAGAAUUUGUGAAGUUAUCCAAUAACACCAAAGUUGUAAAAUCAGAAUACAAAGCCACUGAAUAUGGACUGGCCUAUGGCCAUUUCUGCUACGAGUUUUCUCAAGGCUCAGAUGUGGUUGUUGAUUUACAAGGUUGGGUGACUGGCAAUGGAAAAGGCCUCAUCUACUUAACUGAUCCCCAGAUCCAUUCUGUUUCUCAGAAAGAGGCGUCAUGCCUGACAAACUUUGGGAAGAAAGGGAUUUACUAUUUCUUCAACAAUCAGCACACAGAAUGCAAUGAAAUCUGCCAUCAUCUUUCAUUGACAAGACCUUCUAUUGAAAAGCCAACCUGACCUUGAGUAAAUCUAUGGGCCUUUCUCAAAAUUUUUUUCAAUUAUGCUUGGUGAUGCCCACAUCUACACCAUGAUGCUCGACCAAAUGUCUUUAAUUAUGUUCUGAUGUGUACCUUAGUAAUAUUCUUAGCUAUACCAUCCUCUACUACUCCUUGGAAUGGUAGAGGCAGCCUUCUCAGGAGCAAAAUCUACAACAUAUGAUCCUCUGUACAAGGAAAAAACAGUCAAACAUAUAUGUCAGUGUAAGUAAAUUGACCAUAAUGCUUCUCUAGGUUCAAGCCUAAUUACUCUUCCACUGAUGGAAGAGUAAGGAGGGAGUCCUUUUGAAACACGCAACCCAAAGUUUGGUCACAGGUCGCAAGAGUCACGUGGACAAAAUGUGUGUCGGACAAGAACUGAGGACAAGAAUUAAGCAAAAUCAAGUGGAGAAGGUGGUACGAUCCCAGCCUAUAUUGUUGGUUGGGUGGAAUCUGCUGUUCUUUCAUAUCUACUAGUUUUAGGUAGUCUUCUUGCUGGCUAGUAAAUAUGCUUAGUUGUGAA